AUGGAGAUUUACCAUUGGCAAGGAGCAUCUCCGUGCCUAGAUUCUCGGAGAAGCCGAAAACAAGAUCAACAUUUGGCUAGGAGAAACUCUAUGCUUGGAGUCUUUGAGAAGCAAAAAGAGAGGCUUUGUGGUGGCUCGGAAAAUGGCUUGAGAAUUGCACUUUUGACUAUUAACUACAAUGGAAUGGUUGCAAAUUUCAAUGUCUCCAAUGACAAGGCGAAUGAAAUUCUAAAGUUUGCAAAAAUGUCAAUAACUAAUGAAGUCUUUUCGUCAAACAAUGGAGAUCUACCAUUGCCGAAGAUAAACUCCUCGCUUAGAUUCUUCGAGAAGCCACAAAUAAGGCUUGAUUGUGGCUUAAAAAAUGGCAUAAAAAAUUUUCCCAUGAAUUUUUCCUAUGACGGAAAGACGGCUAGUCUCGAUGCUUCUAUGGAUAAGGCAGCAAAUAUUCUAGCGUUUGCAGAAAGGUCAAAAUUUAAUGAUGUAUUUCCAUCCGGAAAAAAAAUCUCUGUGGAAACAUUAACUGGAGGUUAA